UGUGCGUGUGUGUGUGUGUGUGAGUGAGAGGAGAAUCAAAGUGAACGGGCUCUUAGCUCUCGGGCUAACAUUAGCUGGCUACCGCCGCUGUCCCGGAUCUGCGCGCGCGGUUCUCCAGCAUCGCUCGUCAUGUGAACGGAUCCGAGAUGUUGCUCGCCCCUUAAAUCACUUUCUGCACCACCGAAAGUGACUGCUGUCCUCAGCCCAUCUGUUUGCCUGCUCUUCACCUUCAGCCUCGGCCUGGUCUGUGAGCAGUCAUGACCAAAUCAUACAAGUUCAACUGGCAGAAACACGUUCCUGACUUCCUGCAGGAAGGAGCCGUGUUUGACCGAUUCGAUGAGGAUCCCUUCGUCUUUGAGCCCAGCUGCCAUUUCAAAGUCGACGAGUUUGGCUUCUUUCUCACGUGGAAAAGUGACGGAAAGGAAGGUCAGCUUCUAGAAAGUUCUCUGAUCAACAGCGUCCGUCCCGGAGUCGUGCCGAAGGACCCGAAGAUCCUGGCGUCUCUGGAAGCGGCGGGGAAGAGCGAGGCGGAUCUGGACGGUCGCAUCAUCUGCGUCUGCAGCGGGCCGGACCUGGUCAACCUCAGCUUCAUGUACAUGGUGACGGACAACACGGAUACGGCCAAGAAAUGGAUGGAAGGCCUGAAAUCAGUGAUUCACAACUUCAAGGCGAAUAACGUGUGUCCAAUGACGUGUCUGAAGAAACAUUGGAUGAGACUCUCCUUCGUAACGAAUGUCAACGGCAAGAUCCCGGUCCGAGGCAUAACACGGACGUUCGGCUCGGGUAAAACAGAGAAGGGAAUCUUCCAGGCGCUGAAGGAGCUCGGUCUCCCCAGCGGGAAGAAUGAUGAAAUCGAGCAUUCGGCCUUCACCUUCGACAUCUUCUACGCUCUGACGCAGAAGAUCUGCCCUCGCACGGACAUCGAGGAGCUCUUCAAGAACAUCAACGGAGACAAAAGUGAUUAUUUAACCGUAGAGCAGUUAGUCAGCUUUCUGAAUGAAAACCAGCGGGACCCUCGACUCAACGAGAUCCUCUUCCCCUUCUAUGAUGCCAAACGAGUCAUGCAGAUCAUUGAGAAGUACGAGAGAGACGCCGACUUGAAAAAGAAAGGUCACAUGUCCAGCGACGGCUUCUGCCGCUACCUGAUGUCAGACGAGAACGCGCCGGUGUUUCUGGACCGUCUGGAUCUGUGUCAGGAGAUGGAGCAUCCGCUGGCUCAUUACUUCAUCAGCUCCUCACACAACACCUACCUGACGGGCCGGCAGUUCGGCGGGAAGUCCUCGGUGGAGAUGUACCGACAGGUGCUGCUGUCCGGAUGCAGGUAUGCCUUCAUCAUCAUCUCAUCCUGUUGGCAUCUGUAUUCAAUAUAUAAACCAUUUCUAACUGAAUUUCCAGGAAUAAUGACUAUAUCAUGGUUGCAGGGUUUUGCAGUAAUACGUGAUGUUUUUGGUAAGGAUGUAAUUCAAGCCAUAAAGGAAACGGCGUUUGUAACGUCUGAAUAUCCUGUCAUUCUGUCGUUUGAGAACCACUGCAGUAAAACGCAGCAGUAUAAGAUGGCCAAGUACUGCGAGGAGAUCUUCGGAGAGCUGUUGCUGAAGCAGCCGCUGGAGGGAUUCCCAAUCGAAGCCGGCCAGCCGCUGCCAUCACCCAGCGACCUCAAGCGCAAAAUACUCAUCAAGAACAAGCGCUUGAAGCCUGAAGUGGAGCAGACGCUGGAAGGUAAAGAGCUGAACUCGGACAUGAAGACCAGCAACACUCUGUCUCUGUCGGAGGAUCCCAGCGAUCCGUACGCACAGGACAGAAGCCUCAGGAAGAAGGUGAGCGCCGCAGGUCAUGCGUGACGCAGCCGUGUGCUCCAGCUCUGCUCCUCACAUCACUCUGUGUUUCAGAUCCCAGAUGAAGACGUCACCGAGAUCUCAGAAGCGACUGAAAUCACGGACGCCACCGACGUGUCAGAAGCGUCGGAGCUGGAGAACAAGAAGAAGGGUGUGGAAACGGCUGAAGAUGCUGACGCUGAACAGCAGCUCAUCGCCUCGUAUAAGUAUGAAGGAGCCACGACCAACAUCCACCCGUACCUGUCAGCCAUGGUCAACUACGCUCAGCCCGUCAAGUUCCAGAGCUUCGAGGUCGCCGAGGAGAGGAACAUCCAUCACAACAUGUCGUCCUUCAACGAGUCUGUGGGUUUGGGCUAUCUGAAGACGAAUGCCAUUGAGUUUGUGAACUACAACAAGCGGCAGAUGAGCCGCAUCUACCCCAAAGGAGGCCGCGUGGACUCCAGCAAUUACAUGCCUCAGAUCUUCUGGAACGCCGGCUGCCAGAUGGUGUCUCUGAACUUCCAGACUCCAGAUCUGGGCAUGCAGCUGAAUCAGGGGAAGUUCGAGUAUAACGGCGCAUGCGGGUACCUCCUGAAACCAGACUUCAUGCGCCGUGCUGACAGAAUGUUCGACCCGUUCUCUGAGACGCCAGUAGAUGGAGUGAUAGCAGCGACCUGCAGUGUACAGGUGUUCUCGGGUCAGUUCUUAUCGGAUAAGAAGAUCGGCACGUAUGUGGAGGUGGACAUGUACGGCCUUCCCACCGACACCAUCCGGAAAGAGUUCCGAACACGUAUGGUGAUGAACAACGGCCUGAACCCGUACUACAACGAGGAGCCCUUCGUCUUCAGGAAGGUGAUUCUGCCGGAUCUGGCCGUGCUGCGCAUCGCUGUGUACGACGACAACAACAAGCUGAUCGGUCAGAGGAUCCUGCCGCUGGACGGACUGCAGGCCGGUUACCGACACAUCUCGCUGCGCAAUGAGGGGAACAAGCCGCUGUCGCUGCCCACCGUCUUCUGCAACAUCGUCCUGAAGACAUACGUGCCAGACGGCUUCGGCGCCAUCGUUGACGCUCUUUCUGAUCCAAAGAAGUUCCUCACCAUCGCAGAGAAACGCGCCGAUCAGAUGCGAGCUCUCGGGAUCGAAACGAGCGACAUCGCAGACGUUCCCAACGAAAGCUGCAAGAGCGAUAAGAAGGGAAAAGUGAGUCAGGUGAAGACCAACGUGACGCCGCAGAGCAGCUCCGAUGUGAACGCCACACAGAACAACGUCAACGAGAACAAACGCGAUAAUUUUGCCAUUUUGAAUCUGGUGAACAUUGAAGAUUUGAAGCAGAUGAAGACCUUCAUUAAACUGAUGAAGAAGCAGCAGAAGGAACUGAACACGCUAAAGAAACGACACGCUAAGGAACACAACGCCAUGCAGAAAUCACACUGCACGCAGGUGGACAGAAUGGUGGCUCAGCAUGACAAGGAGAAGUUCUCGCUGGAGAAGCUGCUGGAGAAGGCCAUCAAGAAGAGAGGAGAAAACAGCUGCUCCGAGUUAAAGAAGGAAAUGGCCAUUAAGGUCGAGACGCUCACGACAGACCAUAAAGAAAAGGUGAAGGACACUGUGGCACAGCACACUAAAGAGUGGUCAGAGAUGAUCAACUGUCACAGCACAGAGGAACAAGAAAUGAAGGACGCUCAUGUGACGCAGCAGUGUGAGCUCCUCAGGAAGCUGCUGGCCAGCGUUCAGGAGCAGCAAACACUGCAGCUCAAGCUCAUCCACGAGCGGCAAAGCAAAGAGAUGAAGGGCAAUCAGGCGAAGACGUCGAUGGAGAACAGCAAAGCCAUCAGCCAGGACAAGAGCAUCAAAAACAAGGCGGAGCGCGAGAGGAGAGUUCGGGAGCUGAACAGCAGCAACACCAAAAAGUUCCUGGAGGAGAGAAAAAGGCUGGCCAUGAAGCAGGCGAAGGAGCUGGAGCAGCUGCAGAAGUCUCAGCGCGAGCAGCUGGACAAACUCGAGAAGUUCAACGAGCAGCUUUUGAAAUCACAUCAUGCAAACAGUCAGACUCAAGGCCAAAGACAUGCAGAAGAUGGUGAAGCUGGAGGAGGACAUGGACCGCAGACCAGCCACGGUGGUGUAAGCGCUCCACCCGUCAACUGAGACGAGAGCGGACCCUCACCAACCUCCACAUGAGCGAGCUCCGUCCCGUCGGGCUCCGUCUUCAUCUGUGCUUCAUCCCGACUCCCUGCAGUCUGUAAACCCCGCCCCUACCUCAGCUCUAGCCCCGCCCACCGCGGUUAACUCCUCCUCUGCAGCGGCGUCCAGCCAAUCCGACUCUUACCGUAGCUCCGCCCACGCCGCUCAGACCAGCUCCUGAGGACAUGUUUUUAUACACCACCAUCAUCAUCAUCAUCAUCAUCAGCAGCGCUGCAGCCAUUAUGGGCCGACAACUCAAAAGUGUUCUUUUCAACUCGUAUAUUAGCUGAGCUAGUUAACCGUAGCAGAGUCAGGCGAACGAUGCGCUUUGCACCGUUCCUGAGCACUUUAUAUGUGAUAGGAUUCAGAGGAUCUUUGCCGAUGUAGCAGAGCUCUAGCUUUCCUCUGUACACUACGAAUGUAGACGCGUCUGGAAACCAGAUCACACCAGUGUCCCGAGCUUUUAUCAUCUGUUCCUCUCCGUUUUUAAGAUCAGACUCGCACGUCGUGUUAUUUCUGCGGUUUUAAUCAGGCUUUGAGAUGGAGAUGAUGGAGGUGCUAUCCUGAGAAUCGCCGGCUCCUCGCACGGAUUCGGAGGAGCUCUUCUCCGACACCACACUGAACUUUGGUUUCACUUGUGUUUGUGUUAUUUUAUUUUCCGGUGUAAUGUAUCGGUACUUGUUUUAAAGAGAGGUGAUUGUACACUGCAAAAAAAAAAUCAUGUUCUUAGUACUUAUGGCUUGUUAACCAG